GGUAGAAGUCUUGAAUAUGUUUCUUAACUUUGAAGCCCUGAGAAGCCUGUCACUUUUAUAGCUAAAUAUGCUGCUUGCAUACUUGCUUCUGCUAAAAAUUCCUUUGGUUUUGCCUAACAAUAUUACCACGAGUAAUAUAAACCAUUUUCGCGAGCCAACCUAUAGUCAUCUUAGUUCGUAUCUGGUAUCCUUGCGGACUCGCAAAUAUAUCCACUCUCCUGGAGAUAAUCACUUCUGCACCGGAGUUAUCCUUACCAAUCGCCAUGUGCUUACUUCAGCACACUGCAUUACGGAUAAAAACGGAGUGAUGAUGAGCCCCAAACGAAUUGUGGUGGCUCUUUGCGCGGCUCUUUUUAGGACCCCAGAGUCAGAGGAAUUUGUUGUAGAUAUUCAUAACAUGCUUAUCCAUCCGUACUACCAUAGAAACCAGCACAAUGAUAUAGCUAUAAUAAAGCUGAAGAGGUAUGUGAAAUUGGACGGCCAUCACUUGGCUCCAGUUUUGCUUGGCAACUCCUCGCUGGAAGUGGGGAAUGAUUGCAAGACCAUUGGUGGAAACUUCGGCGUACGAAGGCAAAGAUUUGGAUCAUUUCAUAGCAUGUUGCUUGUGAAUGUCGAACUGCGGCCAUUCGACGAUUGUCUGAAGGCGAAGAAGAGUCUAAUGGAUGCUAGACCAGAAAACGAGGACCUAAUAUGUGUAAAGUCCAUGGAUCAUCAGAUAUGUACCACAGAUUUCGGUGGUCCACUAUUUUGCGAUGGUCAGCUGUAUGGGAUAGCUCUGGGCUCCAUUAAUUGCUCCAGUCCAGAUCCAGUGUUCUUCAGUGACGUAUCGUUCUACAACAGCUGGGUGACCAAAAUGAUAUCGGAGGGAGUGGACCAAAGCCCAUUUAUCGCAGCGAGGUUUUCCCUUUAUUCCUACAUCAUUUUAUUGCUUAACAUUAUCUGAAAUCAGGACAGGGAAAUAUAACUCUCUCUAGAGAAAGGAAAAUUUGACCGGCCCCUGUGAUGCAUGGAAAAUUGGGGAAAGCCCUAGGAAACUUUCGCCUGUAUUGCACCUGUGUGCCACGUGUGGCACGUUCACUUUCCCCCCAAAUAAACCUCUCUGACUUUCCUUUCUUUCUCAACACUUUUGCAUCAAUCAAGAAGCAAAGGAAACUGCCGAAAAACUUAAUAAAUUUGUACAUAAAACAUGAUUGAUAAAGGCCAUAAAUAAUCCCAAAAAUAAAUAGAAAAUUGGUCAAGAAAAAAGUAAAAGGCCGCGACACGGCAAUUUGAUGUAACAACCAAUCAUUAUUAAUAGCCACGAAACGCCGGAAAAAACCGACCCGUUAAGGUAACAAGAAAUUGCACACACACGCGAUAAUAUUGGCCGAAAAAAGGAAAAGCCAGAAGUUAACAAUAACAUGUCUGCGCUGAACUCUUGUUGCUUAACUCCCAUUGACUUUAGUUCAAGACUCGCCGUCAGUCGUCGGAUGGAAAGCCAGCCAUAAAUCAGUAAUAAUUAUAUUUUUUGUUGCUCUGAAUUGCCCGAAUGCAGGUAGCUGGGUAUCACAAAAGCUGAUAAAUCGAUGCUGAUAAAUUGAAAAUUACCAGCCAAGCGAUAUAUAAUGGUCUGGUUGAUAAGCUCACAGAUUGCACACACAAAUAUAUACGUACUCUUGCAUACAGCAUUUGAUUUUCCUUUUAUACUGCUGAAAUUGCAUACCAAUUUGUGGUAGCCAGCAGCCCAGACUUGUGUGCCUGAUUUGCCUUUUUCAUUCGCCUUGAAAGCCAACUAGAUGUUGAACCCAGCAGUGGGAUAAAGGAAAGAAGAAGAAAGGUGUUAUAAUUAACAAAAAACAAUAAUUAGGGGUGUUGAUAGUUAAACCAGUAAAUGAAAUAAAACCUAAUAUUUAUUUAAAAAUCGAAUAUUGUGCUCGUGAAUUGAUAUAGUGCCUUAAUAAUAUAAUAUAAAAUUCAAAUUUUAAAGGAAUUCCACAUGGGGUAGGUAAAGUAAGCCGAUGAAAACUAAGUGAAAAAUAUCAUAUUGUAAAAUGGUAUACUUAAUUCCACUGUACGCCGGAAACCUUAAAAACACCCAACUAAAACUGUAGUUGAAAAAUCAAAGUACCCGAACACAAAAUUCAAGUAAAAAUCACGUUCCAAGCAAAAGACGCUAACGUGGCCGAAAAAUAGGAAACAAAAGCCACAACAGGGAGACGAUGCAUCGAUAUGGACUCACAGACCGAAGUUGAUUUUUAUUGGGAAGAGUGAGGGCAUUAAAUUAAAUCUAUUUGUACAAUUUAUAGAGGGGAAAAGUGAAGUGAAGUGAUUUCUAUGGCCACACACAUGUGUGUGUUGCAAAACCAUACAAAAAAAAUCACUUAAAGUUGGGCCAACGUUUCCGCUGAGGCCAGACCACUGAACUGGACAAACGUUCCUGUGAAAACUGCAGACAUGGCAUCAAAUAAAACAUGGGGACCAACGAAGGAGGAGAAUACAGUCGGGAUCUGUAAAUCCAACCCAGAGGACGACGAUGGUCCGCUGAAAUUUUCGCCUGCGAAAAAAAGCUAAAUAAAUAAAUAUCACCAGCAGGGGGAGUGGAUAAAAAAUAGAUUUGUGCUGUGAAUAAACUCAUGGAUACGUAGCAUAUGUCGGCGAUAGAGGGGAAAGCGUGAAAAGUGUACUCAAUGAAAAUAGCCAUCAGCAAUGUGCUUGUCUUGUAAAUAUACCUUCUCAACAAAGAUACAAUUAUGCAACUUUUAAUAAAUGGAAUAAAAAGCUUGAGGACAGAA